GACCGGAGUUCUUCUUCCUCUUUUUAUUGUUGUUCUCCUGCCUAUCUCGUCAAAUCCAGCGAGUCCUUCCUCCUUGUUCGUCCCUGAUCCGGGGAAGCCUCGAUUCGGAUCGGUGACCGGAAGAAAGGAAAAGAGUGGGAUCUGAUCGGGGGAAGAAAAUUUUGUCCUUUUGCCAUGGAUGAAGUGUUUUCGGAUGCCGCAGGAAAUAUAAUCACAGAGAAGGCAUCCAAUGGAUUAAACCCUGGAUUGGUGGUCUUGCUUGUGAUAGGGGGCCUCGUGCUGUUGUUCCUUGUUGGCAAUUUUGCACUUUAUACUUAUGCACAAAAUACUCUUCCGCCGAAGAAGAAGAAGCCAGUGUCAAAAAAGAAGAUCAAAAGGGAAAGACUCAAGCAGGGAGUCAGCGCGCCUGGUGAAUAAACCAGUCACAACAAAUGAAGUGGGAAAGAAAACCCCAAGGGCCGUUCACUACUAUUAAGUUAUGUCUGUAGAACUUUUAAUUUCAUUCUCGUUCGGUAUCAAACCAAGUAGAAGUGGUGGAUUAAGAACAAUCAGUGUUUUGAACGAAUCUUGCUUUGUCA